AUGGAUCAUCUGAUAGGAGUUAGUCCAGACCUCUGGAUUGUUAUCCUUGACAAACCUACUAUUCCUAUGAAGACUGGAAUAGAUGGGACAACACAAGUACCAAAAGAUAGGAAGGAGUGGAAUACGAAAGACAAAUUGGCAAUUCAAAACAACGCAAGGGCUAAGAAGAUUUUAGUUUAUGGAAUAGGUCCAGAUGAAUACAACAGAAUAUCUGUCUGUCAGGAUGUAAAGGCAACAUGGGACACCUUGCAAACUGCCCACGAAGGAACAAAUCAAGUCAAAAAAUCCAAGAUCAAUAAUUUGAAUCGACAGUAUGAACUGUUCAGAAUGAUGGAUGGAGAAACAGUUCAAGGCAUGUAUACUCGGUUUACUGCCAUAAUCAAUGAAAUCUACUCUUUGGGAGAAGUAAUUUCAACUGGAAAAGCUAUCAGGAAACUCCUAAGUAUUCUCCCUGAAUAA